UCUUGACAUUUGCACGUAUCCUGUUCUCGCUAAAAAUGAGUUUCUCCUCGAAUUUACCUGCGAGUUAUUACAGACCUUCUGGAAUCCGCGUUGAUUAGCCUCACAACAAACGUCAAUCCUGCAAAAAAAACCCCAAAAAAAAAAAUCAAUGGACUCCUUCGAAGUGGACUCGAACGCCUCCUUCGACUCUCUCCACCUCUCUUCCGAGGAUUUCAACCCCCCGUCCCCGUACCCCCACUCCUCCACCCCGGAAUCCUCCAAAAACCUCCAAGAAUUCGAGCAAGAAGCCGAGAAGCUUCGUCUCGCCCUCGAGAAUUCGAGAUCCGAGAUCGAUUUAUUGAAAUCCUCCAACAAUGCAUUGAAGAAAAAAAUCGGAGAGCUCUUCCUCGAGGCUCAGGCCUCCCUGGAGGACAAACUCAGGCUCCAAAACACCUUGAAAGAUCGUGAAUGCCAAUUGGCGAUGAUCGAGAACUCCUCAAGGUGGUACCAGGCUCGACUACACGAGUCAGAAGCUGCGAAUAAAUCGUUGAAAAUGGAUCUAGAGGCUUAUCAGAAGAUUCUGCACCAGAGGGAGCAGACAAUCGCUGAUUACACCGAUAAAUGUGAGAAGAAUCGACAUUUAAAGACAAAAUUCGAGCAAUUGGAGACGAAAUAUCGAAUGGAGUGUGAGAAUUUCCAGAAGGAGUUGCAUGUGAUGAAAACUGAGAAUUCGUCGAAGAAUUCAUCACGUUCGAAGCCUCAGGCUUCUUCUGAAGAGAAAAUUGUCCUAGACUUGAGGAAAAAAAUCGAGGAAAUGUCGAGGGAUCUUGAAAUAGCGGAGAGGAGGUACUCGAACGCCGAGUUGUCUCGAAGUCUAGAGGAAAACUCUUCGUUGAGUUACAAAAAACAGCUUGAGAAGCUUCGAGAUGACUUUAGCUCCCUGGAGAUCGAGAAGAAUGAAGCGUCUGAGAAGCUGAAGGUCUUGAAUGCUCAAUCGGAGGACUUGAGGAUUGAGAACGAGAGGUUGAAUCUCAUCCUGUUGUCCUCGAAGAAGGAGAAGGUGGAGGUGGAGGAGGGGAUUGUUCAGCUCAGACUCCAGCUGACGAAGAUGAUUGCGCAGCACAAGGCCUUGAAGAGCAGGAAUUUGGUGACGGAGAGGAGGUUGGGGAAGGAGAUGGGGAGGGUGAGGGAGAUGGAGAAGGAGAAUAGGCGGCUUAAGGCGAGGAGUGUGGCUGUUAAUAAUUCCUUGGUGAGGAAGAUCAGGGAGGAGAAGAGAAGGUGCAAGGUGCUGGAGGGAGUGCUGAGGGAGGAGAGGGCUAAAUCGAUUGUGGAUUAUCAGAAGGGAGAAACAGUCAAUUCAAUGACCAUUUGCCUUCGCCAGGCCUUGAAUCGUGAGAAGGACCUGAGAGAUCGGCUAAAACUCUUAUCAAAACCUUCAGAUGAAAGUGUUGAUGAAGGAUAUGCGGACAGCGCAGGCUUCUCCGACAUUCCCCUUCCCUCCCCCUCUCCAAUGGAUUCAGGAUUAAUGAAUUUUGCUGUUAAUGUAUUGAUGAGGAGUCAGAAUUUUAUGGCACCGAUCAGUUCCAGUUUGAGUGAACUCGAAAUGAAACUCGAGAGGCUCAGCGCAACGUCAGAACCAUUGAGUAUCAAAUGUCGAUGAGUAUUUGUGCGAUUCAGUAUUUACAAAUUAAGUAUUGAAUUAAUGGUUUAGUUAGAUGGAAAAUCAAGGGGAUAUAUUUAUUGUGGAUCAAGUAUUCAUCUGUUGCAUUUUGUUCAACAUUCGAAUCAUUUCAAUAAUUGAAUUUAAGAAAAAUGUUCAGAGGUGAUUUCGAGAGGAGUUGGUAGAUUAUUUUGGAAAUAUCCUGGACAGGAAGAGAUUCAGAAGAAUUCAUCAAGCGAGGUUCUUGUGGAAAAAUUUGAUGAAGCACAAAAAUGAUUUUCUCAUAUUUUUUCUUAAGGCCCGGGUGUACUAUCU